AUGCGUUCCCUGAGGCUUUUGGCUCCACGAGUGGCUUCUCUCGCUGGGCGAAGAUACGCAGCUGCUUCUGUUGCCGAAAGAAUCGAGGAGAAACGGGCCCAGGCGCUGGUCGGCGGCGGCGAACGAAGAAUCCAGGCGCAGCACAAGAAAGGAAAGCUCACCGCCCGAGAAAGGAUCGAAGUUCUUCUUGACGAAGGCACUUUCGUUGAAUACGACCAGUUCGUUGAGCAGCGAUGCUCCGACUUUGGAAUGGAUGAUCCAAAGAACAAGUUUCCUGGCGACUCGGUCGUCACUGGUCGUGGCUACAUCAACGGACGACUGGUCUAUGUGUUUUCGCAAGAUUUCACUGUCUUCGGUGGUUCGCUUUCUUCUGCCCAGGCUAUCAAAAUCUGCAAAGUGAUGGACCAGGCGAUGGAAGUCGGAGCGCCCGUUAUUGGACUCAACGACUCUGGCGGAGCCCGAAUUCAAGAGGGAGUCGAGUCUCUCGCCGGCUACGCUGAUAUUUUCCAGCGAAACGUAAUGGCCUCAGGUGUUAUUCCUCAGAUUUCGGUCAUUAUGGGACCCUGCGCUGGUGGUGCCGUCUACUCCCCGCCCUGA